AUGGGGACUGGAAUAGUGGCACCUGUCCUGGCUCUGUUAACUCCUCAUCCUCAAUUCCCUUUUCCUAUUCGAUAUCCACGUAAAUCCACAAAUUCCCAAAAUUACAUUGCUCGGCGCCGCUACUCCUCCGCCGUGAAGGCCGGGGGCAGGGUCGGAGGGUCCGAGUGGGAAAAGACCCAGAGCGGAGAACGGCCGACGUAUCAGGACGAGUUCAAUUACGACUAUGAUGAGGAGGAAGAGUUUGGGUUCGGGAAGAAGUCCGGGAAGCAGAGGGUUUGGUGGUCUGAUGACUCAUCAACCAAAUGGUGGGACACUAGCGGUGGCGGAGAUGAAGAUGACGACGACGACGAAGAAGAUGGGUUUGGGGUUUUAGAGGGUUCAAUUGGGGGUUUCUCUUCAAUUUUCGAGGUCCUUAGAACAUUUGGGUGGAUGGUUCCUGCCAUAAUCAUAUCAUUGCUGUUAGGGACUGGAGCUAACAACGCCUUACUCAUGGCAGUAGCGCUUCCGCUAGCUCAGUCUGCUCUUUCCUCAGUGCUCGAUCUGAUAUGGGAAAGGGCUCCUGAAAACCGCAGACCAAAAUCCAGGUCUCGGAAUAGGAAGCGGCCCUUUUCUGGGGCUUCAAGUGGGAGUAAAAUGAGACAGAAAAGGGAACAGAAUACUGAAAAUGACAACAAUUCUGGUGAUUACAAGUCUUGGGUAGCCGCGGAUAAUGUUUCAGAACGAAAGGAUGGGGGAAGGGCACGGAGUUUUGGUGGAUGGGACGAGCUAGAUGAACAAAGGAGAAAGGAGAAAGAGAGAAGAACAGCAACCUCAAACAAGAAAAGAUGGGAAACUAGUCAAGGCAAACUCAGCAAAAGAUCAAAAAGAAGACAAACACCCUUGCUAGUGAGAUUACUGAUUGCAUUUUUUCCCUUCUUGGGAUUUUGGACCAAGUUGUGGUGA